GCUCCCAACACUGAGCUGCUCCUGAGACCCGACCUGAUAAACUGCAGUAAUUGGAGUCAGCAGUGGGGGGCGCCACAUUUACACAGGUUAGCCCACCUGGAUGUGCAGCUGUACCAAGACUUCUAUGCUGUGUGGGUCUCUCUGAUGGUGUGUAACUGCCUGAUGCUGGUGGGCGGUGUUGUCCUCAACUGUCUGGCUCUCUAUGUCUUCUGCGGGGCCUCUGCCCACUCCUCAGCCUCUGUGGUUUACACCAUCAACUUGGCUGUAGCUGACCUGCUGGUGGCGCUGUCACUACCGGCACGCAUCGCCCUGUAUCACAGUGGGGGGAGCUGUGUGGCCUGCUCCUACGUUCACACCUUCAGCUACUUUGUCAACAUGUACUGCAGCAUCCUGUUUCUGACCAGCAUCUGUAUAGAUCGGUACCUCGCUGUUGUCCACAUGUCCAGCACUCUUCAUCGAUGGAGAACCACAGGAGCAGCAAAGUGCAUCAGUGGCACCGUGUGGUUCAUCGCUGUUGUGGUCACCUAUUCUUUCCAGACCACAGCGCUGGAGUUCAGCUCCUCCUGUGUGCUCCUCCCUGCCCUCUUCUACCUCACCAUCCUGGAGUUCCUCCUCCCCCUGCUGGUCGUGGUCGUGUUCACUCUGCGUGUCGCCUGUUUUCUUUCUUCCAGUCACGGCCUGAUUCCUCAGCAGAGCAGGGCGAGGAGGGCGAGGGCCAUCAGGCUUCUGGCCACCGUCCUCGUGGUCUUCACCAUUUGUUUCACACCCUUCCACAUCCGGCAGGUGCUUGUCUACUUCCGGGUCAAAGUGGGAGGGGAGGGUCCGAGUCAGGGGGCGGGGCAUGUGCUUGCGUAUCACAUCACAGUAUCUCUGAGCAGCCUCAACAGCUGCCUGGAUCCAGUGGUUUACUGCUUUGUGACAGACAGCUUCAAGAGAGUGUGGAGGACAAGGAGGAGGGGCCGGACGGAGUGGGACAGGGAGGCCGGGCACUCGAGUGGAGGAGAAGCUGAGAGGAUCUCAGUGAAUAAAUGUCCUGGCACGGCACUGGCAAUAGCCCACAGCAUAGCCACUCUCGCACUCACCAACACACCCCUCUCUGCAGCCAACGUGGACCAGUCUGCUUAG